UUCAGUUUACCGUCCAGCUGAUGAGAAGCUUCCGCUCAACCUGUUUGUUUACAGUUCAGUGUUCAACCUGUUUCUACACGUAAACAGCUGGAAACCAGGCUGCUCACACGUCCAGUGUGUGUGUGCCGCCGACGUGUCUGUGUCACCGUCCUCCAGCUGUGGAGCCGAAGAUGGAGGAGACGGAGGAGCAGCAGCAGCAGCCGGAGAGGGGAGACACCGACACGCACAGCUUCAGGCUUCACAUGGUGACGUGGAAUGUGGCCACAGCUGAUCCUCCAGAUGACGUAACCUUGCUUCUCCAUCUAAACUCCCCAAAACGCCCGGACCUCUACGUCAUCGGCUUGCAGGAGGUGUACUCAGGGCCACUGAGAUUCGUAUCAGAUGCUGUGUUCAAUGACCCAUGGAGUCAUCUGUUUAUGUCUAUUUUAGCACCACGGAAUUACGUUAAGGUGUCAUCUAUCAGGAUGCAGGGUUUGCUGCUGCUCUUCUUCUCCAAACUGCAGCAUGUCCCCUUCAUCAGCGACAUCCAGGCCACAUACACACGUACAGGCAUUUUUGGAUAUUGGGGGAACAAAGGGGGUGUUUCCAUCCGUUUGUCUUUCUAUGGCCACAUGCUCUGUUUCCUCAACUGUCAUUUGGCUGCUCAUAUGAAAUAUGCCUCUGAGAGAGUGGAUGAGUUUGAGUACAUCAUGGACACGCAAACAUUUGCGUGUAAAAAAGCUCCAAGAAUUGCUGACCACAAUCUGGUCUUUUGGUUUGGAGAUCUCAACUUCCGAAUUCAGGACCACGGCAUGCACUUUGUCCGCACCUGUAUCAACAAUCAAACCUACAACCUGCUGUGGAGCAAAGAUCAGUUGAUCAUGAUGAAGAAGAAAGAACAGAUGCUUCAGGACUUUGAGGAAGGCCCUCUGGACUUUCAACCCACGUACAAGUUUGACUUAAACUCUGAUACUUAUGACAGCAGGCUCUACAAGACAUGGUUUGGCUUUAAUGGAAAGAAACGCAAACCUGCCUGGACAGACAGGAUCCUGUGGCGGCUCAGGCCCAAAGACCAAACCUCUGAUAAGCAAGACGACAACUCGGACUCGGAGGUAGUGAAGAAGGUCAAGGAGCUGGAGGAGGAUGAGGAGUACCCUCUGAGGAUCAGGCAGGACUUGUACACCAGCAACAUGGAGUUUAGCAUCAGUGACCACAAGCCUGUCAUCGGCAUCUUCACACUGGAGCUGAGGAAGAUGUCUGAGACUCCUCUCGUGCAUCUGCAGGCGGAGGGCGAAUGGAGCGCAGACAUUGAUGCCAUGGUCCUUUACAGCCCUCUGCAGCCGUUCCCCUCCAGUACAUGGGACUGGAUUGGACUUUAUAAGGUUGGAUUCAACAGUUUGACAGACUACAUCACCUACACGUGGGUCAAAGACGACGAGGUGGCUUUCAAUGAAGAAGUCAUACAGGUGUAUGUUAGUAAAGAGGAAAUCCCUGUGCAGGGAGGAGAGUGUGUGCUGUGCUACUACAGUAGUACUCUGCGGGGCAUCAUUGGUAUCAGUGAACCAUUCAAGGUCCACGAGUCCAAGGUGGCCAUUGAGGAAGGCCUGCUACAUGACCAGAUUAACAGACUCGACCAACUCGUAGCAAGUUAAGAUCUUUGAGACUGAUCUCCAGGAGUUAUAGCUGUGAUAAAGUGUAGAGAUGAAACAGCUUGGGCCUGGAUUUCCUGAACAACGACCAAGCUUUUUAUAACUGUGCUUCUUCACCUGUCAGUGAAAGAGCAGAUUAGGAAAUGCCCCACUGACCUCUCUAAUGCUACUGGAGUGGCUACUUAACACCCCUGUGGUCAAUACACCUAUUAUUUUUACGAUCACAUAUAGAGAGAUCACAUUCUCUCUAUAUGUAAACCAGAGUGAGCUCUGGGUAAAUUCAAAGCAGAAAAAAAUGAAUCCUUCGUACGCUGACUGAAAACCUGAGACUAGUCACGUUACACUGGAGCAAAGAACUGCCAGCUUUAUCUUGAGGGCUAAAAUGUGGUAGAACUGUGAAAGUCAUAGUAUCUGGUUGUGUAAUAGUGUUGUAUGCUGAAACACAUUGACGGGAUGUUGUGUUUGUUUCGUGAGGAAUCAGAGUGACAAGGUUAGACCCGAGGUUUUCUGGGAGGCAUGAGCCCCUUGCGGUGUGUUGUGACAUGUGUUGAUCCUGUACCAGGUGAAAGGAGUGGGUGCAUUCAGGUUUCUUAAUGUAGUUUGACCUAUUUUGACUUUUUAGCUUGGUCCCAGCGGACAACAUGGAGGGUGUGGGUGUUGCUAACCUGCAGCCAGCCACCAGGGGGCAAUCGUAAUUUUGACUCCACUUUCAAAAACUGUCAUGUUGUCCAUUUUUAUAUGUGCAGUCACUGACUGUGAUUUAAAGCUCAUUCAGCCUGUUAGGGAUUUCUGCAGAUAUAUCAUGUCUUCCCUUCAUCUCUAAUUCCCAUCUCCAAGUCACUCCUAAUAACUCCAGGACUUGCCUGAGCCUCAUAACAUUUCAAAAUGUUCUUCGGCAUCAAUUGUUAUUCAUUGAUAUUUGUUUGUUUAUCAGUGGGUACAUUGCAAACAGGAACUAUUUCAGCAUAGGUUUUGAUUCCACUCAUUUUCCACAUUAAAAAAAGUGGGUUCAAAUUGUCCAGGUUACUAAUUUACAUCUCGCACUUGAAUUUGUCUGAGGUGGACGUUCACUGUGUUAAAUGGAAAAGCCCUCAUUUAGAUGUAAUGAUAAAGUAGUAAGUGUGAUGUAGGAUUAAGGCCUGCUGCUUGUGUGAGCAGUUCAAUGCGUUAGUUCGUAGUAACAGGCUGUUAAAGAUCCAAAAUCAUUGUUUGAAAACCUCCAAGUGCUGUCAGAGCUGCAUGAGGCUGAAAGGAAAAGGGAACAAAGCCCACUGGCCAUGUGUGUUUACAAUUGCUAACAAGGUUAAUGCAUAGUUCAAUGCUGAAGCAACUGUUCACUGCUGACGUAGCAAACAUAAAGAGGUGGGUAUCCGUGAAUCCCUCUCGUUACUGGUAUGUCUGCUCAUGACACUGUCAAAGAUGGAGCAGGAGUUUAACUUUCCAUGUGUUCAUUUGAGUCUGUCCUAAAGUUUUAAAUUAAAAAAAAACAAUUUCUUGUUCAAGGGGAAAUCAGAGCUUAAUAUCUGUGGGAGAGAAUUGUCAAAAAAGAAAUUCUGUAUUUAAAAUUAAAGAUGGAGUCACUGAAUAACCAGCAAAUGUUACCUGGAACUGUUGCAGUGUGUAGAACCACUGAACGUGAAGUUGUUGAGUCACAGAUCUCGUUACCACCAGUGAGCUCUGUCAGCUGCCAGGAUCGUAUAAACGAGGACAUGUCAUGAUUUGUGUGACAUUUUUAAAACUCUACUUCAGUGUGAGAGGAAACUGAAAUGGCGCUUUUGUUCAGUGAGCCCACUCACUCCAGAGAAUUGACUGACAUGGUUUUAGGUACUAGAUAAUGACUGAAAAAACCUGAAAUGAAGUAUAAUAAAUGUACGGAAGUGAAGAAUUCCGUUAAAAAAACGUAAGAUGAUGUAAUUUAAUUUGUUUUCUAUCCUGAAAUGAUUUCUGUCUCAUGAAAGCUCGACCUUUUCCAGGUUUGUUUAUUGAAAUAUUUAAUAGAUGUUACUUUGCUGUGUGAGUGGACAGUUCUAGGAAGAUGUUCUCCUCAUAUUCAAAUAAAUGUGGUUGUUCCUGGAGAACUUGAAAACAUAUAUAAAAUAUAACUCUGACCUUCUGACUCAUUUUUUAGCUUGCUGUCUCAUUAACCCACCAGCAUUUUUCAGUUUUAUAGCAAUCCUUCCUUACGAGUACUGUUUGUGACAUCAUCAGAUGGAGAAGUUAAUGAUAUGUUACACUGAUGACUGUAAUGAAUAAGUACUUACAGCUUUACUCAUUAUUAUCGGUGUGUGUUAAGAGAAAAAUGAGGAUUCAGCAAGUGCCUUUGAAAUGACUGUCGCUUUACAUUUACUGUAUACUUUACUAUUGCUGCUCAAUUUUGAUACGAUGUGUAUCAUUAAUAUACAGUAGAUUAUUUUUAUCAUAACAUGCUGUGGUUUUCACUGCCUUUUCUUGUUAGGAGAGCUUUUGGUUUUAAGUAUUGCUGUUCCAAACAUCCACCUCUCUUUGAGUGUUGGUGUUAAUGACUUGCUGGAAUGAAAUAUAUUAGCUGCUUAUUUUAUUUUUUAAACUAAAGAGAAACAUAUUUUCUCAAGUAGUGAUGUCACGAAAUGUACUGUAACAGAACAAAUGCAAAUAUUAAAGUCUCACUUAUACAUGAU